CUAUCUAUCUAUCUAUCUAUCUAUCUAGCUAACUGCCUCCCCUUGAGUUUUUCGGACUAGUAUUUCAUUAAUACUGUUUUGGACAAUCUGGUGAACAUUCUAACUACUUUGUUGUCACAUUUUUUUUCUGAAUACUCACUUAUAAAUUUCCCUGCGCGUGUAGUUGUAGUUAAACCCUGACUUUUACAAAAACACUUCUUGCAGGAGCAGUAACUGAUAAAAGCAAUUCUUUACACCGUCUCGACGAUACCUGAUGUGGGCUCAGCAGUAGAAAGGCGGUUUCAUUCUCCUGGUUUGACACAUUAUAUCGCUUUUGAUCAGACUCCCUUUAUACCAAUGAAACGAGACAGUUUUGCCCUCCUAAACUCCGCAAAAUAAUUUAGGUAAGAUGAGAUAAAUCUUUACUGUCCAGACACUGACACACUGGUUUGGAGUUUCACCACAAACACUAAUUCUAUUCAGGCCGGUUUGAAAAGAGCAUCACAUCUGGUGAUCUGUCUCGAGCCAGGACGGUGCAGAUCAAACAUGUCGGACGCCGGUGAAGAAAACGAUUGGCAAGAACAGUUCGAGAACGUCCUCGCCUCUGACUACUUCUGGGCGGACAAGGAAACAGUCUUUUUCAAAUAUCUCUUAAAGCUUUUUGGUUCAGGUGAAGAACAAUGCUGCUCCUGUCACAAGAGUCGUUUGUCCGAGGGGAGCAAUGCAGUCGGACGUUGCAGCAACCCUGUCGCUAUAGUCAGGCACAUCAGCUGUAGACAGUCCUCAUCGAAACGUAGCUGCUCUUGUUGUGACAGUGAGCGGGAUUGCGCUUACAGAACAUAUUACGGCACGUUCAACAACGGGUGGCGGGAUUCGGACUACAGAGAAGAGAAGGACUGGGCUACGACGAUUCAAACAAGAAGAUUAUUAUUACCUGAGGGUGUUGGUGCUUUGGGAAGUUUGGUCGAUGUCGUUUCAAACCAGUCUGCGCUGUUGCAAACGUAUCUGAACCAGGAUGAUUCAUUUUUGAAAAUCAAAAACACGAAAAUGGCCCUCAAAAUUAUUCAGAAAAUGUAUGAUGCUAAGCGAUUUGGCAAAAAUACCCUGAAGGUAAGGGACACAAAAGGAAUUCUAAAAAAUACUCAACUGUUCAGUUCCACUCCUCACCCCCUAAACUGGAUCCAUCAGUCAGAACGCGUUCUACAAGUAAACGUUUUACACACUAACAAAGAAAAAUGUUACCUGAGGCCUGUUACAGGUUCAGAAACCAGAGAAGAAAAUGAAGUUUCAGACAUAACUAGCCAAGAUAACAUGAGCAAAGACAAAUGGCCUGAUGUGCUGAGCUGUUGUGAACUUCUAGGAUCUUUUCCAAAAGACACACAAGUUGUCACAUUUGCAUCCAGUAUGUCCCCUGCCCCACUUUCUUCCACAGAGCCUUUGCUCUUUCUCUGCGAAGUCGAUAAGGGUGGUAUUUCCUACAAGGACGGGAAAUUGCUAAUAAGGCAAGAUGUGCUUUGUCACAGUAAAAACUUCUGCCAGCCAGAUUCAAUCCUUCAGAGAAGACACAGAAAAGACGGCUUACCAGCCGAUACCAAAAGCGCAGUGUCAAACUGGCAAACAAGUGAUAAUAGUCUUGCUUAUCCUCUUGUCAUUGCUGCUAAUAAUCAGCUACAAUCCAACCAGUGUUUGAGGAGAAGACUGAUCAGGUCGCCAAACGCCUCUAGGCUCCUAAAUAACACUUCCAAUAACAACAACAUCGGAAACGUACACGCAAGUGGUAGUUCUAAAGACGUUGAACAUGUCGGCUCUGUUUCUCAAGCCGACGAAAACAAACCAUCUUUGUUGAGUAGGAUUCGUAAAGGUACUACAGAACGAGAACGAGGAAGUGCCGGAGGAGAAAGAAAUACCCCCAAGAAAGAAAGUGUUAAAGAAGAAAGCGGCAGCGACAGCUCCUCGGUUUCUGCCAGUAACGACGAGGAAGAAGAGGAGACUGAGGAAGAAAACAGCGAAAUCGCGUCCAUCAACAGGGCUAUCAUCGAGGACGACGCGACAGCGAAGAAACUGGACAAGUCGCUCAAGUCGUCCACAGGCUACACGUUUCUCAACAUACUCAUCAUUGUGUGGCACGUCGUUGUGGUGUUGGUCUCCCUGGCGCUGGUAGCCGUUGGAAUCGCCCUGUGCUUUUUCUUCACGGAUAUCGUGGAGCAUAGCGUGAAGACGACUGUCGACCUGCGCUCAUACUCGAAUCUCGUGCGUUUCAAAAAUCUCCCUAGGCCUCUUGUUUUCGGUGAUUUAACACAGAAUUCACUUCACCCUGUCCGUGGUGAUUGCCGUGACCUUUUGUGCCAUCAUGUGCGAGGCGAACUUUUGCAACAUUUACCUGGCCCCGGAAUCGGAGGCGAACGAAAACGCGAAGAAGGAGCUGAAGAAGCGACUACAGUCAGAGUACAAAAUCUAUUCCAAAAACGAGUUUUCCAUGACCUACGAUUUCAUAUCAAUAUGGGUUGGAUGCUACGAGGUUAUUUACAACUGGAUUCGGGACCAUUCUAUCCAUUACCACGCCGUUGUGAUUCUGCAUAUAGUGGAUCUGUUUCUGUACACCUUGAUCUACUGGAGGCACCUGCAUGUUCUACAGCAAAAGCUUGUUACCUUAUUGCACAUGGAGAGAAAG